AUGACGUCACAGGCGUCGCCUGAUUUCAUAGCCAACGAUAAGAUCAAACAGUUUUUGUUGAAGGAACAUUUAAGCAAAUUCAACAACAACAUCAACAUCAACAACAACAACAUCAACAACAACAACAUCUCACUACAACAUCUUCAACAGUAUAAACUGCAACAGCAGCAUAACAUCAACAACGCAGUAGCCGCCGCCACAACGACCACAACUUCAACGCCGCCGAUGGACUUCAGAAAUUACAUUUCGCCGUUUUUUUAUCACUUGCAGCAGGCGUACCUGCGAUCGCAGCAGCAGCAACAACAACAACAACAAUACCAACAUCAGCAUAAUUUAGGGUCGAAAUAUUUGCUGGAAAGUGUGUUGCAGCAACAACAACAGCAACAGCAGCAGCACCAGCCACAACACGAACAUAGAAAAUUCUACCAGCACCCACUGAUCCAUCCGUCACUUGCCCAUUACGGCACUAAAAAGUACAGCAACAGCAGCAACAACAUUAUUAACACAAAUGAUUUUGAAAAGACAAAAGACGACGACGACGACGACGACGUGAUGACGUCACACAACGACACUAAAUCGCACGUGGAUAUAUUGCCGGAAGAUGAGGCCGAUAAUGAUGACGAUUGCAUCGGUGUGGAGAGCGUCGGUUUAAAGACUUUAGAGCGUAAAAACUUCCUGUUACACCACCACCACCAUCACCACAACAACAACAACAAUGACGUCAUCAUCAACAGCAACAACAACAAUGAAAACGAUCACGUGAUUAGAAACAACUCAUCCACAGCAGCAGCAGCAGGAACAACUGCAACGGAUAACAAAUACAACAGUCCGACGACAUCUGACAACCAAUCAACGAGCAAAUCGCCAGAUGACGUCACGACCAUGUCAUCAUCCAGAUCCUCCUCAUUAUCGUCUCCGUUUAAAAGUCAGUAA